AUGCAGUUCAGCCCAGGUGCCUCUUGCCCGGAGGAGUGUCGUUGUGACAAAAUGUUCGUGUACUGCAAUGAACGCAGCUUGACGUCAGUGCCUCUGGGAAUAGAGGAGGGCUACAAGGUCCUAUACCUACACAAUAACCAGAUCAACAAUGCUGGAUUCCCUUUGGAACUUCAUAACCAAGCCUCCGUGGACACCGUCUAUCUCUACGGCAACCAGCUGGACGAAUUCCCGGUCAAUCUGCCCAAAAACACCAGGGUCCUGCAUCUCCAGGAGAACAACAUCCAGACGAUCUCCCGAGCGGCCCUGGCCCAGCUUACGAAACUGGAGGAGCUGCACCUUGACGAUAACUCCAUUUCCACCGUCGGGGUGGAGGAAGGGGCCUUUAGGGAGGCCGUAAGCCUCAAACUUCUCUUCCUCACUAAGAACCACUUAAGCAGCGUUCCCAUCGGUCUUCCUGAGGACCUGAAGGAGCUGCGGUUGGACGAGAACCGCAUUGCUGUGAUAGCGGAGGAGGCCUUUCAGAAUGUGACGCGCCUGCAGCGCCUCAUGCUGGACGGUAACUUGCUGACGGACGAGGGCAUUGCGCCCGGGACCUUCCAGGAACUGGUCAACCUGCGCGAGUUGGCCCUCGCUCGCAAUUCUCUAACCUUCCCCCCUCCCCUCCUACCCAGCCAGUCGCUGGUCAAGCUCAAUCUGCAGGAAAACCAGGUCAACCAGAUCCCUGUGGCGGCUUUCGCCGAUUUGAACAGGCUUGAAAAACUGGAUAUCUCUUCCAACCAGCUUCAGACUCUUACGCAGGGUGUGUUCGACGGCCUGUCGAGCCUUAGGCACCUCGUGGUGCGAAACAACCCCUGGCGCUGCGACUGCGCUGUGAAGUGGGUGGUGGUGUGGCUCAAGUCUUUGCCGUCCUUCAUCAACGCCAGAGGGUUCGUGUGCUCCAGUCCAGACAAAGUGCGUGGCAUGACAAUCAGAGAGCUCACACUGGAUAUUAUAGAGUGCCCCCUUUAUCCCGAUCAGCCGCCCUGGCCCACCCUCCGCUCCACACCCCCUCCCCCGCCAACCACCACCCCUGUCACCACCAUGGUCUCCACCCUCAUCACCACCCCCGUCCCUUACUACUUCGACUCUCCCUCCCCUCCCUUACCUCCAGUCCAUCCUAACCCCCCGGGGCCUCGACCCCCUUACGAGGACCCCCUUCAGAUUUCGUUCCACGUGGUGAACUCCACCAAUAUUGAGGUGAGCUGGGCCUCCUAUUUCACCGUCACGGCCUACAAAGUGACCUGGGUCAAAAGGGCCCAAAGCCAAAUAAACGAAGGGAUGCGGGAGAGGACGGUAAGCGGGGACCGACGGCACAUCAGCCUCGCCAACCUGGAGCCGCGAUCCGUGUACCGAAUAUGCGUUCACGUCCUGGACACGCUCAACUCUUUCAGGCCCGGAGAGGAUACUAUAUGCUCCGAGGCCAGGACCAAGUCGGCCGCUUCCGGCAAGCCUCCCGGCACGGAGCAAGCUCCGCGGGACAGCAUCAACUCCACGCUGCUAAUGGCCGGGAUCAUCGGCGGGGCCGUUCUCAUCAUCUUGGUGACGUUGCUGGGGGUGUUCUGCUGGCACAUGCACAGGAAAAGCCGGUCGGCCUCGAACAAGUGGAAAUACAACCGAGGCCGGAGAAAAGACGACUACUGCGAGGCCGGAACCAAGAAGGACAACUCCAUUCUGGAGAUGACCGAGACCAGCUUCCAGAUAGUGGCUCUGAACAAUGAGCAGCUGCUUAAGGGAGAUUUCCGCAUUCAGCCCAUCUACACGCCCAACGGGGGCAUUGGAUUUAGAGACUGUCACCUCAGUAACAACAGCAUAGCCUACUGCAAGAGCAGCAAUGUGCCCAGUACGGAGUUCUGCCACACGUGA